AUGAUCCGCUACCCGCAGCACAGACCGGAAGGUCUCGUGGUGGACUCAACCGGAAAAGUCGAGCUUUCCAACUUGAUGUCCGUUUGGGCGAGAGCCGAAGGCUUAACGGAAACCCACAUCUUGGACACUGUCGAGGCGCACAAGUGGCAAGACACGGAAACGCUGACGCCACGCUACUCGUUGCUCGGAGAAGACGGCUCCUUCCAGAUUCGCGUCCAUAAUUCUCGGAAGGAGUCGGAGCAGCGCAAAAGUAUGCCGUCGAAACCCAGGAGCACUUGGCUCGUCAAGUCGGAGGGCGACGAAGACAGGAGAAGGAAGGGCAAGUUCACGAGAGUGAAGUCAGAGAUCAAGGGAAAGAAAAACGCGGAGGAUCCCGAAGCCUGGGACUCUGAGGGUCAGAAAGAGGAUGACGAAUUCUGGACGGACUGGGCGAAGAAGGAGACUGCAGAUGAAUGA